AUGGACAUCCUGGACGUGGAGCUGCGAGAAGCAAAGGCUCAGCUCUCCUCUUCCUCCACCGUGCAACUGUUGCGGGAAGUGUUGGUUUGCCUGGGAAGAGCUGAGAGGGGCCUCUGCCGAGCUUACGCAGUGCCCGACUUCGCCCAGUUUGGCCUGACUGAGAAGCUUUAUGGUGAGUUCGUCGCGACGUUUGCCCAGAAUCUCUCGGAGAGCCUGUCUCCCCUUUUCGACGGGCCCUCAGCAGCUCCGCCGAUUGUGCGGCUACUGCGGCGCUUGCUUCGAGAAGGUGUCCCUUUGGAAGGCGCCCUUGAGCGCGUCUCAAAGCAUUUCCUGGGCCUCGCCUGCAACGAGGAUGUGAAGAAAGCCUUGUCUGGCUGGGUCGAUGGCGAGUCCGAGAUGCAGGAACCCUCGCGGCCCUUCCCGAGCCGAUCUCUCCAGGUACUCUUGGCAAAGACGGCCCGCGACGAUCCGAUUCCGACCUCCGGCGCUGUCUCCCAGGAAACGCGACAGGAGCUCAUCAACGAUGCCAUCAGGACAAUCACUGCUGUACCCUUCCUUGUGGACGUGGUUGAGGUUGGGGUUUCUGACUUUCCGGGCGUUUCGGAUUCAGCGUUGAACUUCAGCUUUCCUGUGUGGCCGGGCCCCGCCUUCAACGAGUUGUCCAUGGUCCCGGUGGGACAAGAUGCGGCCCUUGUGACCAUUAUGCUGAUGUGGCGGGGCCACCAUCGGGCCACGCUUACCCCGCGGACCAUGACAGUGGCGUGGUUGACAGCCUUUAUCUCGCGUCACAUCAAUAGCCCCGUUGAUGGCAUUUCCCUGCCGCACGGGCUCGCGAUCUGCGAGCUCUUUGAUGUUCCGCCCGCGGCUUUCCGUUUUCGCAACGGCGAUGUCGUGUACAUCCAUGACCCUCCGGAGGACCCUUCUGAGCCGCUCGAGUUUGUCGAUCCUUGGCACCUGCAGGAUGGCCUUGCAGCUCACCACGCUCCCUGGGCUACGGGCGUUCAACUUAUGUUCGGCAUUUCUGUGCACCUGCUUCGCCCCAAUCGCCCACCCCUGUUGGCCUCUGUCUCAGCUGGAGAAGCCUGGUGCCCAGAAUCCUUUACGUUCACCGGCACUUUCCGUAACCACUUUCCGGGCAUGUGGACACCCGUUCAGUGGUCCGGUGCCCGGGCAUUGCAAUUGAUCGAGGUCCAUGGUGUUGCGGCUCAGGUUAACGUGGUUGCUGCCUCUCCCGAAGGCCGUUUCUGCCGUACCGUUGAUCGGAUCGCCUCGCGCGAUAGCCUUGCCGAUCAACUGCACUUCCUCCCUGGAUCCCUGCAAGUGGGGGGCGUCCCCUCCUACGCUCUCAAUCAGGCCUGUGAGCUUCGGAACGGGGAUGUCGUGUUCGGCGACUUUGCCCGAGGGGCCUGCAGCGGCCGUCCACUUCUGUGGGGUUUGGCCCUGGGCCUCGUCCCAGCUUUCUCCUCCUGUCGUACGGGCACCUUUCUUUCGAUUCUGCUGGGUUCCCUUGGGGCCCAUUCCGGCUUUUUCUCCCGUCUUCUUAUGCUGACCUGGUGCCUACAUGGCGCGCAAGCUAUGGUUCCGGAAACUUCGGUGUUGAGCCAGACCACAUCCUCGGUUAUUCCACCAGCUGCCCCACCCAGGGUCUCGGUCACUGUUGCCAACCCUUUUGCACCAUGGCAUCGUGUUGAGGCCGACCCACGUCACCUUUUCGAUGAUGUUAUGGCAGACGCCCACCGCACUUUGACAUCAUGGCAUCGGGGAUUUGCUGCCACUGGCCUGGUUUUAGAAGGGCCAAAUGGGACGCAGCGGCAGCUACAGUGCUACAUCAUGAGGUUGAGCUUGGCCACCACCGCUGGGCCCCCUGCCAUGGUUGCUCAGACCAGGGACGGAGACUGGUGGGUCCUUUCUGCUGCUUUCGGUCUCCUGGGGUUCUUUCCCCCUGCCAUCGAUUUCAAUGAUGGGGAGCCCUAUGUUCCGCUAGGUGGCUGGCAGCCCGAUAGCCCUGAUGGCCCACUCGCACGAAGGUACGCGCCACUGCGGGCUUUGGGCCCAUCGCUUCUUCCCUGUCCGGGCGGUGCUCCCAAUUUCGCAGAUCACAGGUGUUCGGCCGUUGCUUUUGCCUCGGUGGACUCGUCUCUCGAUGACAUUCACCGGCUUGCUGUUCGCGUCUUUCCUCACACCCGGUUUUGGCGCGUCAUAGCACCACCUGUGCUGCGCACUACCAUCCCGAAUGCGCAUAUCCGGCUCCGCAACGGCGAUGCUUUUAGCCUCCUUCCUGAGCCUUCCGAUCCGGGUGCUACCCGUUAUCCCUUGCUGCAGUAUGCCUCUCUGGACCGGGCACGGCAAGUUGCCAGCUGGUCGCUCCCUUUUCGCUUUGACUCGGGCGGCUACGUCUGCCUGUGGUAUACGGGCCGUCGAUCUGGCCACUGUAUUCGGAUCAGGGAUACCGGCUAUUGGGAUCCUGAGGGCCCCACCUUCUGGAGUCUUAAUGGCAGAGCGCUGUCAGGGUCGUGGGUCCCUGUCCUCUCUGGGGAUCUCUCCAGUCUGCACCUGGUACACAGCACCUCCACUGGUGAGGCUCAUGUCCUUCUCUUACUGCCCCCCGAUCUUGAGCCUCAGGGGUUGUUGCUCGCUGGUUGCAAUGCCUACCGUGCUCCACCUGGGUGGCGCCUUCUACCUGCUCUGCAGUACGUUCGGGCAGACAGUCCUCUCCGAGAUGGAGAUGUCCUCGUGCUGGACCCGACUGCUGACACGGUUUGGGACCCUACCGGACCCGGCCCCGGGCCCAGUUGCGCGCCCAUGCUGGGGGCCCUCGGUAUGACUCCCGCACUAGAUUUGCCGGAACAGCCAAUUCGUGUGGGUUUCUUCCCGUGGCGGGCCGCAGCCGCUGCGGCUGAUCUGGUUGAUCUCACCAAUCGCACAGAGCUUGACAUUGUCCUUCUUAGUCCCUUCACAGGUCCCCAGGAGGCUGGGCGACUGCCCACUGCCUCGACUACCGGAGAGCUCAAUGCUCUCACACGCUCCUGCGACCCAGCUUGGGGUGCUGAAGUUGCACCUGUGUGGCCGACAGCUGCCAUACCGGCCCUUCUGGUUGUUCCCCGUCCCCUGACGCCAGACCUUGUCUGUUUAGCGGUCUCCUCCUUGGAUCGGCACUUCUCUAUCCUUGUGCCCUGCACUACCUCUGUGUCCUGGCUGGGCGCGGCUCUCCGCUUCCUACAGCCGAUGCAAACUCUCUCGGUUCGUGCACCCAGUGCUCUCACGGCCGAUGCCACAUCUGACCAAGGCGUGCGCUGGCGAUCUGGAGACCUGGUUGUUGCAUUGCCUCCUGCAGCUUUUGCGCCCGAAUACCAGCCCCCGUGCUUUCAUUCCGACGCCCAAGUGCGGCAUUGCGCCAUUUGGGCUGUUGAUUUCUCGGUCUCCACCCGUGUCAACUUCAUACUCUGGAGGCCUGCUGUUCGAGCCAUCCGGGGACACGCACCGGCAGGCAGCCGCUGGCGUGCUCUUGAUUAUACUUUUGAUGGUGACUUUAGCCUCCACUACCCUGGGCGUUGGGUUCCGGUUCCCUGGAUCGCCCAGGAUCAUGCCCACUUGGUUUUGCUGCCGGAGGACCCUUCGAGGGUCAAUGUCAUUGUGGAAGCAGACGGCCAUUGCUGGUGUGCCCUUGUCACAGCCGUUACCGAUGCCUGGCAACUCUGGACUGAGCUCCCAUCUAUCUCUUCUCAGCCCCGCGGACGACCCUUCGCAGCGGCGAUGUUGUUUCCGGCUGCCCAGGACUCUUCCCCUCCUGUUGGCUCCCCUGCUCUUUCGGGCUUGCAGCUUGGUGGGCACUUGGCUCUGCCUCUUCGGCCCCUGGCUAUCUUCUUAUGUUUGCUGGGCUGCUCGCUCUCCCCCCGGUGUCGGGGGCACGUCUUCCCCACGAGAGCGGCAGUCGACAAUGGUCUUUGGCAACGUCAAACUGUGACGGGUCAGCUGCCGAACCGCCUGGCUUCCGCCACCGCCUCUGGGACCCCGCCCGGGGCCUCCUUGGACCUUUUCCGGGACCAUCUCUGUUUGUCCCACCUGCUCUCCAGGAGGCCGCACCCGCUUGGUCCGAUUUCACCAGGGUUCGACCACCUCAGGACCAUCGACUGGGUCCCGGUACCUUCGGCUCCGCUGUUUGCCACUGUGCUGCUCCAGUGCCCGCCUGCCACUAGAGCUGCACUUCUUCCCGCUACCUGUGCUGUGGCUGAUCUUGCACGAGCCAGCAGCCACUUUAUUCCUGACUUGUCAUACGUCUUGGCUCCCCCGGAGGCUUGGUGCGGUACUGCUACGACCUGUACCCCCACCUUAUUCCUCCGGUCUGGUGACGUCUUGACUCUGGCCAGCGCCACGUGGGCCCCGCGCCUCCGCUCACCUGUCGGGCGGUUUUGGGAAACCCUACUCCAGGCUCGUCAGCUAGCCUUCUGGGGCAGCCCCUUUCGCGUUAGGCAGCCUGGACUCCUCUUUGCUUGGUCCCCGGGAGACCCGGUCCCGCUUACUGUCCCCGAUGAACAGUGGGAUCCUGAACAUUGCACCUUCCGCCCUUCUCUGGUCCGGUUCAGUGUCGGCCGCUGGAUUCCAGCAGCCCGGGUUGACGACCUUGGGCUCCAUCUUGUCCCUGAAAGCCCUAAUCUUCAUUGGGCCCAUGUCUUGUCUGCCCGACCCCCCCUUAGCGUUCGAGUUGUGCCUCGCCAUGGCGCAGAUGGACUCCUGCGGGAUGGUGACAGCGGCUCCCCCCUGGGCAGCGCUCCCUCCCGCACCUUGCUCCCGUUGCUUGCCAGUCUGGCCGUUCGCGGGCGUCUGGGUCGGCACUGGUUUUCUUUUCUCAGUGCUUGGGUUCUUCUGGCUGGGCUGCCCGAGUUGUUUCCGGGUACGGCGGCCCUUGGAUUCCCGCCGGUCUCCACUCAUGCCCUUGCGCGGACUCCAGGGCCUUCGCCCAUUGGAGUGGAUUUCGGGUUGCUCUCCCGCACCAGCUGCUAUUUUCGUGCAUGGGGGGCGCCAGAUUGGCACAGCCCGGAUGGACUCUCCUGGGCGGCAGAUAUUCACCAAGAGUGUGCCGCUCAGGCUUCCUUGCACCAGUUGUGGUGGACGCACGACCUCUUCCAGAAUCUCCCGGCAUCCGCUCCAGCGCCUUAUCGCCAGGCCUUCUCUAGUUUCCCAGUAUGGUCUGGCGGUGUACCCGAUCAGGUUCUCAUCGCCACUGAUGGGAGUGGCGAGCGGGGAGGCGCAUGGGCCUUCUGCGUAUGGGUUUGGUGGCGUCACAAGUGGCACCGGGUCGGGUGGUUCGGCGCCGCGGGGGCCGAUACCCCUUGGUUCUCUGGAACUGCGGCCCCCGGGAGUGGUGUCUCCUUUCACGCUGAGCUUUGGGCCUUGCAGGCUGCGGGCCUCUGGCUCCUCGCUUGGGUUGACCGCCUCUCCCUUCUGACGUCAGCAGCGCCUGCCAAGGUCACCAUUGCGGUUGACAAUGCCUCUGCGCUCCAGAUCGCGGCCGGGCAAGCGCAGGCCAAUGAGCCAGUCACCACCCUUACUCGUUAUAUCUGGCAGGCUGUCCAGUCCCGUAUGUCCACUCGCUUUCAGCACGUGCACAGCCAUGUUGGCAUUCUCCCUAAUACGAUCGCCGACUUUCUCGCUGGCUGGGCUGGUCGGACCUCGUGGCAUCCCUGGAAACAUGUCGAUGCUGCCCUCCCCGCUCUGCUGCAGGAAGCGGCGCCUUGGCUCUGGCUCAUUCCACAUGCCAAGGUGGUCCAAGGCAGACCCUGGAUCCGUCUCACCGCGCAGUCACUUACCCACGCACCAGCAGGUCGAGGGCCCGCUGUCCAGUGCCCUCCCGCCGAGGUGCCCUGUGCGGCUCCGUCGCUAGAGCCCCAGCGACCGUUGCCGCUAGCACCCUCGCUAUCCCUCCGCAUUGUUACGGCUAACGUUCAAACCAUGCGGGAUUCUUGUGCCUCCUUCUUCAAUCCUUCGGGUCAUGGCCAGCGGCGUCAAUACUUGUACUCUCAAGUCGCCCAGUUGGGCCUCGAUGUGGUCUGCCUUCAGGAGACGCGCAGCAAAGGGGGCCGAUGGGAUACAGCCGGCCUUCUCACCUGGCGCUCCGGUGCCCAAAAAGGUAGCUACGGUUGCGAAAUUUGGGUUAGGCCCCAGAUAGUUAACCCCCCCCUCCGCCUGGAUGACUGGCGGAUUGCCUGUGCUGACCCAAGACUUUUAGUCAUAGUCUGUAAACGGGCGGACCUCCCUUUGGCCGUUGUAGCGGCGCAUGCUCCACACGCCGACAGACCAGUGCCCGAAAUCCACCACUUUUGGUCCUCACUGCAAUCUCAGCUGUGCCAGCUCCCACGGGCCCUCACUUUAGUCCUGGGUCUCGACGCUAACGCUGAUCUCCUCUGGGCCGAUGAAGACCAUGCCUAUAUCGGGGAUGCUCUUGGUAAUGGUGAAGAAGGCGCGGGCGAGCAAGGCCUCUUUGAUACCAUCCAGCGUUUUGGCCUCCUCGCCCCCGCCUCCUUCUCGGACCUCCAGGACGGCCCGGGCUGGUCCUGGGAGCAUACUGGCGGCACCCGCAAGCGUCUAGACCAUAUCUUGCUCCAGGCUGGCCCCUGGUCCUGCCGUCGCACCCGACAGCUUCCUGAGCUGGACAUUCUCAAUGGUCGUCGGGAUCAUAUGCCGCUUCUGGUCGAGUGCGACCUUCGGGGCCAGGCCAUCCGGCCCAAAGCGCCGGCCCCACCCCGCGCAACUGUGCACCAGGCACAGGCCAUUGCUGCCGAUCUCUGGGGAGCUCUGCCGUCUACCUUCCGGCACAUUGACAGCGUGGGAGCUGAAGUGCAGGCUCUUAAGACCAAGCACUCCUGCUUGCUCCGGGCCCUUCCUCGCCCUCCACGUCGCCCCAUCCGACAGCCCUACAUCACAGCGGCCUCUGUUGCCGCACUCGAUCGAGUUCGGCAGGCGCGAGAACAGCUCCCCCGGCUGCGGACCAAUCUGGAGUGGCAGCAGCGUCGCUUUCUUUUGCAAGUCUGGCGUCUGGGGUGCACACACCGGCACCCCGAUGCUGCACCCCUGCGCCCUGAUCCGACGGGCCUGCAGCAUGCCCGCCUCCUUCUCCAGGCUUGUAAUCUUCAUGUUCGGGGGCUUCAGCAGAAGGCCCACUAUCUUGCUAGGUCCGACAAGCUGGCUCAUUUCCGCACACUUACUCUGGAGGCGACCAAACACUGGGAAGCUACUGGAGUCCCUCUGGAAUCCAUCCGGCAUCUGCGUUGGGCCUCCCGCAAGGCCCACGAGCGCCGGUCUGUCCACGCAGCCGGUGGGUUCGACAUUGAUAGUGAGUUGGAGGCCCAGUUCCGUGAUCAGGAGGGGGCCAGUCUGGUCAGCCCAGUCCAGCUCUCCAGCGCCGCUGAGCGAUGGAUGAAUGAACCGCGCCUCCCGUGCGCCGAGGCGGUUCCCACCCUCUUGCAGAUGGAACAAAUGUGUGUCCGACAGGCGGCCGCCAAGGCCCCAGGACCAGACGGACUGCGGAACGAGCUCUGGCGCGCGCAGGGAGCCUCAGCAGGGCAGUGGCUCUGGCCCCUGUGCGUGCGCAUCGCUCUCCAAGGAAGGGAGCCUUUUGCCUUUAAGGCUGCCAUUGUAUGUGCCCUUUACAAGAAGGGCCCUGCCUCUCUUCCUGCCAAUUACCGCUCUAUCGCGCUAUUGAACGGCAUCGCGAAGCUCUGGCAUUCGCACCUGCGCUCCACUGUGGGUGGCCACGUCUUGUCGCGAUACGAGCCUAUGCAGCUUGGGGGCCGCAAAGGUGUCCACACAGGAUUUGCGUUGGCCGCCUUCCGUUGUGCCUGGGACCUUUCCAUCUCUGCCGGCCGAUGUGUUGCCGUGGUCUUCGUCGAUAUCCAGGCCGCGUACUAUGAGGCCAGCCGGGAUCUCCUCUUUGAAGGCUUUCCUGAUGACGUUGCCUUGCCAGAGCAUCACCACCUUGCUGGGCUGGUUCUCAGCCUUCAACAACAAGGGGCCCUAGCUGCCUUGGGGGUUGCAGAGGACGUUGUUGCGCUCCUCCGUGACUGCGUCGCCCUCUCCCACUGGUCACUCUCUGGCUCUUCCAACAUUUUUCUUGCGUCACGGGGGUCUCGUCCAGGUGACGGCCUAGCUGAUAUCCUUUUUGGGGCCCUCUUCGCUGUCGGUCUUCAGCAUAUCCAGCGCGUUGCCACCCGCCAGGGCAUUGUUCACACCAGCGCCGGCGCUGAAGUCGGCCUCUCCCCAGGGGUCAAGCCCAUCGGCUGGGCUGACGACCUUGCGGUUAUGGCCGAUUUUGACCGACCAGCUGAUCUUCUUGUUCAACUGCCCGUGCUGGUCGGCAUUAUCCUUGACACUCUCCGACUCCUCCGAUUUCGUGUUAAUUUGGGUGCGGGUAAAACUGAGGCCCUUGUUGACAUCCGGGGGGAGGGCGCUCGGGCGGCCCGCGGAGUUCUCCUUACUGGCGAUGCCAUGUUAAAGAUCUCUGAUUCUGACAGCAUCAGGUUGUGUCCCGAGUAUAAGUAUCUGGGUGUGGCUCAGCUGCCUCGGGAUACGGGCCGCCGCGAUUGUGAGCUUGCCGCCCAACGAGGCGCCGCUGCGGCCUCCCUUGCCCGCACCCUCCUCUGCAGCAAUUGCUUGCCCUGGGAACUUAAACGGGCGUGGGUCGCGGGACGAGUCCUGCCCUCCGCGUAUUCCUCCCUUGCUAUGUCUCUGGCCGACUCCGGCCGUGCCACGGCCCCUCUCACUGGCCUCUUCGAUCGCACGGCCAGGAUCCUGUUGUCCUCGUGGCAGGUCGGGCACAAGCUCACCACCCCACUGCUUCGGCUCCUUGCUGACAUUACUCCUCCUGACCUGGCUACUACCAUUAGUCAGUGUCGCCUUUGCGUCCAGCUCUUCUGCAAAGCACCCACGGCGGUGCGUGAAAUCGUCGACGCUGCGUGGAACAGGGCCCUCCCUUGGUGCCAGGCCCUCGUUGCAGCAUGUAUGAGGGUUGGGGUUGCGCUUGAAGUUUGGGACCCUAACUCUCCCCCCGCCGUCACGGUUCUGUUUGUUCAUACCCACAGCCGUGCCCUCCUUCGCGCCUGCAAGGCACUCAGCAAGUUUGGACAUAGGUACUCUGCCUGUGCUCAGCUGUGGGAUGACCUCUCUACCCGUAAGGCCACCCAAAUUCUAGGACCCCCCCAGGCCCAUCGAUGCCCGGUGUGCAGCAUCAUAUUCCCGAGCCUGCACGCGGUCAGAGCCCACAUGCAUCGCAAACAUGGCGUGCUGUCCGAUGUGACUGCCUACAUGGCCGGCUCUGUUUGCCUCUGGUGUAUGCACGAUUUCCACUCUUCGGAUCGGCUGAAAUACCAUCUGCAAUCCCACCGGGCCUGCUUGCAUGGGCUUCGGGUGACGGUAGGGCCUGUCUACCAAUAUGGGUCUGGCACCAAACGCAGGGGUAGAACGGCCCACAGGGGUGUUCCCCCACAACGCCUAUGCGGGCCCUGCAAUGCCACCCCAGCACAGCGUCGGGCCGCGGAUCUGGGCCUGCCUGCUGAUGAGGAGGAGCUGCAACAGGAGUGGGAUACAGCGCAGCGCUCACCGGCCCUCUCCGACCUCGUCCCCGGCAACCUGCAACGGGCCGUCACAGGGUCCUCCAUCGCUGCUCCAACCCCUGCCGGACUUGGAUCUCUCCAAGCUACGGCUCCAGUUUCGGAGCCCUCCCUGUCUCGCCUUGCCUCAUCUUUGUCAUUUGUGGGUUCCUUGCCCUCUUGGUUCUCCUUUGUCGAUGGGGCCGCCUCAGGCAAGGAUUGGGCUCUGCCUACGCCCUGGUGGCCUGGGCUUCUCGCCAUGGGUGGGGUCUUUCGGCUUCCCCCAUCGUGGCAUUGCUUCUGGCCCCUGUGGUCAGCCUUGGAGCUCCUUGCCCCUUGGGAGUUCCGGGCCUUCCGGUCGCUUGGCGUCCUCCGUCGCGCCUCGUCUUCCGGGCUUGGUGCUCCUGUCUCUCUUGGCGAUGCGACCUCCGGCAGAUGGUCUCUGUUGGGGAUUGCUGCUGCCUUGAUCUCCUUCCGCAUGUCCUGUAAGGUUGUUCUGCGGUUUGGCGCCCUCUGGAUUCCCGGGCGCCCCAGUCAACAGGGCCUCGUCCUCUUGCGGCGGCUGCUUCCUUCUGCCGUCUUCUUGGACUUCUGGUCCCCUGCAGGUCCUGUUUUCCUGGCUGCGAGCUCUGCUUCCUUGGCCUCGUCUGCUCGCGCCAUCAUUGCCGGUUCUGCUCCUGCGGCCCCGCCCCCGCUUUCCUUGCGGGCUUUCUGGGCCUAUCCGGCUGCCUGA